AUGACAAGUUUUAAGAAAAAGGAGGCACAAGAAAAGAGAGCUAGUGGUGUGGAUGUUGACUUCACGAAAAAAGACCAGGCAUUGUUGGAUAUCAUGGAAGGAAAGGAGGAAUGUGAGGAAGAAAACGAUCAAGAAAGGCAGAAGGAAAAUUAUGACAAAGAAACUGCAGUGGAGAUGAGGAAGCGAGCGGUCGAGAGGCUAGGAGAGACAAGAAAACGAACCAAUGUGGAAGGAGAAGAUGGGGGAACACCCGAAGGGAAACGGAAAAGAAGUGGAGAGUUGGUGUAA